CCCUCGCGUUAGCCCCCAUAUCGCGCACAUCUUCUCCCCUGCUCCUCGUUCCUCUCCUCUCCGACCCGACCCGCUCGCGCCGCGCCGCGCCGCGCCUCGCCUCGCGCAGUCGAAAACACCGCCUCCGCCCCCGUCUCCGGCGAGAUCACCUCCGGCGGCACGCGGAUAUGACUACUUCAAGGCGUCUUGCUGACAGGAAGAGCGCCAAGUUCCAGAAGAACAUCACAAAGAGGGGUUCUGUGCCUGAGACUACGGUGAAAAAGGGAAAUGACUACCCUGUUGGACCGAUAGUGCUUGGAUUCUUCAUUUUUGUGGUCAUUGGAUCAUCAUUGUUUCAGAUAAUCAGGACGGCGACCAGCGGUGGGUUGGCCUGAAUUCACUGAGCUGAGAUCAGAAAAUUAUCCGUUCAGGAGCUGGGAGGCAGUAUCUAUUUUCUGUAGCAAACUUGUUCCUGGAUGAUAUCAGUAUCAUGUAGUGCGAGUAUCACUGUUGUUUUGUUUGGAGUAUCAAAAGAGUUUUAAACUGAUGUUGGAACCAUGCACAUGCUGAAAGUUUCAAAGAGUAUGAGAGGAACCUUAAUCUGAAGAAUAGUAGCGGCUCUGCAAUUCCCGAGCUGGAUGA